GGAGGAUGUGUCUUAAACUCGGGAUCGAUUGAGUUGGUCUCGUUUCGGGCGAUGAUGCUGUGAUCGUCGAGUACAGUCUCCGUUGCUGCAGGACUGUUGUCAUUUUUUCUGUGGCUAGCCUUCAGCGCUAGCUAGCUAGCCGCUCGAUUUUUUUCAGGAACAUACUUGGUUUCAGCAGGAUGUUAGGAUGGAGGGUGGCCCAGUUCUGCCGGACAGCCUGGUGUUGGAGAUCUUCCUGCGUCUGCCCCAUGAUGCCGUGCUUCAAGCAGGUCUGACCUGCAGACAGUGGCUGGCUGUUUCCAGAGAUGAGUUCCUCUGGAGGGAGCUGUUCUACAGCUACUACCGCAUCCCUCGUUCUGUACCCCGACACCCAGCGGCGGUGUCAUGGUACAGGGAGUUCAGGCGCCUGUUCGACUGUAUCCCCUGUGUGGAGGUCCAGACGCUGAGGGAGCACACUGACCAAGUGCUCCACCUGGCUUUUUCUCACAAGGGUCACCGCUUCUCCUCGUGCUCCAAAGACUGCACUGUUAAGCUGUGGGACACGGAGCGACUGGACGGUAAUAUCGCGAUGGUGCACAGCUCCAGCAUGCGCCAGUUUAACUGGGGCUACACCCAGUUCUCCCAGUUCAACGCUGACGACACCCUGCUGCUCGUGUCCGGCGUGUACAUGGGCCCGCACCACUCCUCGUCUGGGGAAAUCGCUGUCAUCAGUUUGGACAACUACACACUGUUGUCGCGCGUGAGGAACAAGCCGUACGACGUGUUCGGCUGCUGGCUGAACGAGACCCACCUGAUCUCUGGGAACCUGCACUGGAUAGGCAACAUGACGUCCUGCUCUGUGCUCUGGCUCAACAAAGCCUUCCAGGAUGUUGAAUCGGAGAACGUCAACGUGGUUAAGCGCCUUUUCAAGAUCCAGAAUGUCAACGCCAGCACCAUACGCACGGUGAUGGUGGCCCACUGCCGUCGUCAUGACAACCCAGACUUGCUGCUGGACUACGAGGCCCAGUCGCAGGCUCGGAGGCAGAAAGGGCAACAGCAGCAGCAGCACCGGCCCCUCCUCUUUGAUCUGGGAACUUCCGGCAGUGAGGAAGAUGACGAUGAAGCGGCGGGUGGCGAGGAAGCGAGGCUUCCCGCCCAUCGCUUCCCUCAGCCCUCCAUUUCCGGCCUGGGGCACGUUAUGCAGAGUUGUAAGAAUGUCGGGCACACGGAGAUGGCGAUUGAGACCCAUGUGGCGAAAGUGAUGGGCAGAGCCCACACCAAGGCCCCCGACUGCAGCCUAACGGAGCCCUCUGACCCUGGAGAGGGAGAGGACAAAACAUACCUACUCUUCACCACCGGCAGCCUUACUUACUCCCCUCACCAGAUAGGUAUUAAGCGGAUCAAGCCCGACCAGAUGACCACUUGUGGUCCUGUACUUGGGGAAGAGCGUAGUUCAGAUGAGUUCUUUGAUUCCCUGGACCAUGUGAUUGAUAUCCAUGGACACAUCAUUGGGAUGGGCCUUUCUCCCGACCACAGGUACCUUUACGUCAAUAGUCGUGCCUGGCCAGCCGGGUGUGUGAUCUCUGACCCCAUGUCACCUCCCCCCAUCGCCGAGGAGAUCGACCUGCAUGUCAUCGACCUGAAGAGUUUGAGGGAGGAGAGGAGGAGCCUGCGCGCUCACCGAGCCUUCACGCCUAACGAUGAGUGCUUCUUCAUCUUCCUCGACGUCAGCAGAGACUUCGUCGCCAGCGGAGCAGAGGACAAGCACGGCUACAUCUGGGACCGCCAUUACAACAUCUGUCUGGCGCGCCUGGCCCACGACGACGUGGUGAACUCUGUUGCGUUCAGCCCCGCCGACCAGGAGCUGCUGCUGUCCGCCAGCGACGACUCCACCAUCAAGGUAUGGCGCUCGCCGCGCAUGGUCCGCCUGACGCAGGCCCCCGGGCGCCCGCCGAGGCCCCGCAGCUUUCUGUCGUCCUGGCUGAACCGCGGCAAGAACUCGGCGUCGCUGAGCGGCGUCAACGGGAAACCACGAGUCGGGUCGGGAAACACUGGGACGGAGCAGGGGGGGGAAGUUUGACCUUCUUCCAAUGUGGUGUGAAUAUAUAUAUAUAAAUAUAUAUAUAUAUAUAUAUGUGUGUGUACAGUGUGGUUAAAGUCAGUGAUUGUUUUCGCUUGAGCUCACGGCGUUGUGACGCCCAGCAGCGCUAAGUGUCUUUGGCCAACGAGGAGACGGGGACUCGGCACAGGAGAGCGCGGUCGCACCAGCAAAGGAGAGAACACCCCCCCCCCCCCUUCUUCCCACCCCCCACAAUGCCCUCCCCAGUCUGUGUUGUUCUGUUGAGGGGAGUGAGGUGAAAUGUUCUCACACAGAGAGAUGGUGUUGAGCAGACACCUCAAUGCACAAGACAGAGGGCCAGAUGUGUUACAACGGUGUUUGUAAUUUUUUUUUUAUCUGUAACCGUGGCAACGAACAGGUCAAGACUCCUGAGGCAUAGAUGUACGUAGCGGGUGUCAUGUGCUGUACCUCAGAAUGACUUUCUCUUAUUAAUAGAUUUGUCCAAUGGAUGUAUUGAGUAUAAAUACCCUAGAACAUUUUUUCUUCUUCUUUUUUUUUUUUUUUUUUU